GCCUACAAACGUUCAUCCAUCCUGCAGUUCAUGCGUAACCUCGUUGCAGAUUGUUUUGAAAGAAGAAACUGACAAAGUGUAUCCUUCGUUAAAAGAGUAUAGAUAACGUGAAAUUAUUAAAUAUUACAUAUACAUAGAUACAUAUACAUUUUUAACGCGUAAUUAAAAGGAAAAAUAAAAAAUCUAACGAAAUCAUGAGUCUGGUAAGACAAAAUUUUCAUAAGGAAUGCGAGGAAGGAUUAAAUAAACAAAUCAACAUGGAAUUAUAUGCAAGUUACGUCUAUUUGUCCAUGGCGUACUACUUCGACAGAAGCGACGUCGCAUUGCCGGGUCUCUAUAAAUACUUCAAAAAAUCUUCCGACGAUGAACGCGAACAUGCAAUGAAAUUUUUAACGUAUCAGAACAAAAGAGGCGGCGAUGUUGUUUUUACGGCUAUCGAAGCACCGGCGAAAAAUGAUUGGUUGUCUGCGAAGAAUGCCAUGACUGAAGCAUUGAAAUUGGAACAAAAAGUUAACGAGAGUCUAUUGGAAUUACACGCCAUUGCUGGGAAACAUUCCGAUGCAAAUUUUAUGGACUAUCUGGAGACAGAAUUUCUUCAAGAACAAGUGGACUCGAUUAAGGAAAUUGCCGAUUACGUUACAAAUCUCGAAUUAGUGGGGGAUGGCCUUGGGAUUUACGUAUUCGACAAGGAAAUGAAAGAGUGAAAUGACAUUUUUUAGUUUUUCUUUCCCUACGAAAUAUAAUUUUCAAAUACAUCGCAUAAAUAAAUAAGUUCUGUCAUUAUAAUCUUAACAUAUUACACAUAUAUAUAUAUAUAUGUGUAUGUAUAUGUAAUAUGAAUAUAUACAGAGUAAAUCCAAAGUUCCUGUGAUUUAAAAAAUUAUUUUUUCUCCAGACUUGUUAGAUACAUUUUUCUUUUUUUUUAUCAAAUUGUAAUACUACAAGGCCGAGAAUUUUUUCACAAUUUGAAAAAAUAAAAAAAAAUAAUUAAGCCAAAAAAGUCUCUUGAAAAAGAGUAAUUGAUUUUUAAAAUCACCUAAAAACUUUUGGUCCUCUCUGUAUAAAUAUUUAUAUAUGUAUGGAUGUAUGCACGUACUUACUCAUAAAAUGAGAAAUUAGAAAUAGAAAUGCAUAUAUCAUUGUUAUCUAUGAUUCUACGACAUAUGAAAAAAUGCCAAUCGCAUGCCAUUUGCUUUCAUUCGAUUAAUCAUAAUUCAUAAUGAUGGAAUAUAAGAAAAUUAUAAGAUCAACACACACAAAUGUAUUUAAAAGCAUAAAUAGUAUAAGUGCAAAAUUAAUGUAACAGAUAUUACAAUAUAAAUUUUAAACAAA